AUGCUCAACAACGAUCGCUUGAGCGAUGUCAAGUUUGUUGUUGCAAACAGCAAUGGCGAAAGCGAAAGUAAGCAAGUGAUUGCAGCUCACAAAUUCAUACUGGCGAUUGGCAGUCCUGUGUUUGAAGCCAUGUUUUACGGUGAACUGCUGGAGUCUAGAGACACUAUUGAACUGCCUGACUGUGAUUACGAGAGUCUGUUGGAGUUGUUUCGUUACCUGUACAGUGAUGAAGUGAAUUUAAGCGGAAGUAAUGUGAUGGGAGUGUUAUACUUGGCCAAGAAAUACAUUGUGCCUUCACUCACUGAUAAAUGCGUGGAAUAUCUGAAAGGAAAGUUAGAUCCUUCCAAUGUGUUCAGCGUUCUGCCAUCUUCAUUGAAAUAUGAAGAAAAAGCCCUUGAAGAUCGAUGCUGGAAAGUGAUUGAGAAUCAGACCGAAGCGUUUGUGAAAUCGGAAGGAUUUGAGACAAUUGAGAGGUCUUUACUUGAAGCAAUAGUCGCAAGAGACACUCUGACGAUUGAGGAGGUAGCCUUGUUUAAAGCUCUAGAUGGCUGGGCAACACGACAGUGUGAAAAGCAAGGUUUGGCAGCAGAAGGUCAAAUAAAAGAAGAAUCCUGGGCGACGAAGUCAUAA